GUGAACUUGGCUCUUCCUACUCUGGAACCCCCUCUGAAGCUCACUAGGUGGUCUGUAGCAACCUUUGAAGGCCCCUGGUGUGAAGAUGGUCAGCAGUGGGUUAAGAGAGAUGAAGACAUGUGCCCUGUUUCUGGCAGCUCUGCUGCUCCCCAGCAUCCAAGCAGUGUGUCCAGAUAAGGAUCCAGGACUGCAGCCAUGGAUGCCGGGACACAGUGAAGACCACCGUGUUACUAUUGGUUAUGGCAGGAAGGUCCUCCUCACAACUUCAGCUACUGUCCACUCCAUCGAAAUCCUCAGUGGAGGAAAGCUGGUGAUUGCUGACACCAACCGGCCCAUACUGCUUCGAACAAAACACAUUCUGAUUGGGAACAAAGGGGAACUACACAUCGGAAGCCCAGACUGUCCUUAUAAAGGCAACCUCACCAUCUCCCUGUUUGGAAGAUUGGAUGACAGUGAUCAGGAACACAGUUACUUUGGCCGGAAGUACAUUGGCGUAGGGACGGGAGGGACACUGGAGAUCCACGGAGCACAGAAGCUGUCGUGGACUUUCCUCAACAAGACCCUCCACCCUGGAGAGAGCAACCAAAACAACUACCUCUUCCAGAGAAGCUGGGGGAACAGAGGCAUCAUUAUCCACGUCAUCGACCCCAAGACCGGAGAGGUGCUGCGUGAUGACAGGUUUGACACAUACCGCAGUAAAGAUGAGAGUCGUCGCCUUGCAAAGUAUGUGGAUAGUGUGGAGGCGGGACUCAUAAUGGCCGUGGUGGUUAAUGACGAGGGCUCCAACAACUUAGAGGACUCAGCCAAGAAGAGCCUCUCCAGACUGGGCAGCCAGCACAUCAGCAGUCUGGGAUUUCGGCAUCCCUGGACUUUUAUAGUUGUGAAAGGUGAUGCUUCAUCUGUUGUGGAGGAUCACGCUGUUUAUCAAGGAACCAAGGCUUCCUCACAGGCCCGGAGCUCUCGUGGUUUCCAGUGGAGUUAUGGAGAGCAUUUCACCAUCACUGCCAGCAGUCAAUGGGUGCAAGAGGCAGAGUGGACAGAAUGGUUUGACAGGGAUGAUGAAAGGGGAUCUGGAGAUUGGGAGAAAUUAUCGGACCUACAUGAGGCUUAUCCAGACCGGCUGUGUAGCAGUCCACUGGACAUCCAGGCUGAAACCCUUGAUGGCAUACCUUCCAACCAGACAGGAGACGUGAUCCAUAAGAAAACCAAGGACUAUGGUUUUGUCUGUCUCAACAAGGACCAGGCUCAUGGCCUCUGUCGCAACUACAGAGUCCGUUUCCUUUGUGGAAAACUUGUUCGUCCACAGGCCUCCAUUACCAUCGACAUGCUGUCCAACAGCAGCAUCCUGGAGCUGGCUGACCAUCCAGAGGGCUGGGGAUCUGGGGAUCGGGUGGUGGUGGCCAGUACUGACUACUCCAUGCACCAGGCUGAGGAGUUCACCCUGCUUCCCUGCUCUACCUGCAAACCCAACCAGGUCAAGGUCCAAGGUAAGGCCCAGUUCAUCCACAUGGGUGAGGAGGUGAAUGGAGUGGAUAUGAGGGCGGAGGUCGGCCUGCUGAGUCGUAACAUCCUGCUCCGUGGUGAGAUGGAACCUGCCUGCUAUGGCAAUGAGCUCUGCAAAUUCUUUGAUUUCGACACUUUCGGAGGACAUUUGAAGGUAGAGCGAGGCUUCAGAGCAGUUCAUAUAUCUGGCAUGGAGCUUCAGCACAUGGGUCAGCAGACAAUGGGGCACUAUCCCGUCCACUUCCAUAUGAAUGGUGACGUGGACGAGAGGGGAGGCUACAACCCCCCCACCUUCGUCAGUGAUCUAUCCAUCCACCACUCCUUCUCUCGCUGUGUAACCAUCCAUGCCUCCAACGGACUACUGGUAAAGAAUGUAGUAGGCUACGAUUCGCUGGGACACUGUUUUUUCACAGAGGAUGGACCGGAGGAGAGGAACACAUUCGACCACUGCCUAGGUAUGAUGGUGCGAGCGGGGAGUCUGCUGCCGUCAGACAGAAACAGCAAAAUGUGCCGUUAUAUCACUGAAGGAGCCUACCCAGGAUAUGUAGCCAACCCACGCCAAGACUGCAGUGCAACUUCGACUUUCUGGAUCGCCAAUCCCAAUAACAACCUCAUCAACUGUGCAGCUGCAGGCUCAGAGGAAACAGGUUUCUGGUUUAUUUUCCACCAUGUGCCCACUGGACCAUCAGAGGGUCUUUACUCUCCUGGACACACUGAACAUGUACCUAUGGGCCACUUCACCAACAACAGAGCUCAUUCCAACUACAGGGCUGGAAUAAUCCUUGAUAAUGGAGUAAAGACCACCCAGGCAAACGACAAGGACAAGAGACCUUUCCUGUCUCUGGUUGGAGCCAGGUAUGGCCCCCAUCAGGAUGCUGACCCUUUCAAACCCAGAGUCCCCGCCCUCAUCCACCACCUGGUAGCCUAUAAGAACCAGGACCACGGAGCCUGGCUGAGAGGAGGGGAUGUGUGGUUGGAUGACUGCCAAUUCGCCGAUAACGGUAUUGGCCUCACUCUGGCGAGUGGAGGAACGUUUCCAGAUGAUGACGGCUCUCGUCAGCAGGUGAAGAACUCACUGUUUGUGGGUGAAAGUGAUAAUCGUGGGAUGUCUCUCCCUGACAACCAUAUCUGGGGUCCAGGAGGUGCUGACCACACCGGCAGGACCCUACCACGUGGCAUUGAUUUCCCCAUCCGUGGCAUGCAGAUCUACGACGGGCCAAUCAACGUGCAGAAUUGUACAUUUCGUAAAUACACUGCACUGGAUGGACGACACACCAGUGCUUUCGGCUUCAGGCUCAACAACUCGUGGCAGAGCUGCCCCAACAAUAACGUCACUGACAUCACUUUCGACCAAGUACCUAUCACAUCUCGGGUGUUUUUUGGGGAGCCUGGUCCCUGGUUUAAUAAGAUGGAGAUGGACGGGGACAAGACGACCAUCUUCCACGAUAUUGAUGGCUCGGUCAGCGAAUAUCCUGGAGCGUUCCUGGUCAAAGAGGACAACUGGCUGCUCCGCCACCCUGACUGCAUCGAUGUACCUGACUGGAAGGCCGCUAUCUGCAGCGGCAACUAUGCUCAGAUCUACGUCCAGACACGUUACCCUGCCAACCAGAACAUGUACAUGGUGAAGGACGAGUACCCUGAUCGGCCCCUCACACUAGAGGGCGCUCUGGGGAAGAGGAAGCACUACCAGCAGUUCCAGCCAGUGAUCACACUAGCUAAAGGCUACACCAUCCACUGGGACCAGGUGGCUCCUGCUGAGGUCACCAUCUGGCUCAUCAACUUCAGCAAAAAUGACUGGAUCAGUGUGGGCCUCUGCUACCCACAAGGCACCACCUUCACCAUCCUCUCUGACAUCCACAACCGCCUGACCAAACAGACCCGCAAGACUGGAGUCUUCAUGAAGACUACACAGAGGGACAAGAUCAACCACUCCCACCUGGCCAGAGGCUAUUACUACUGGGAGGAAGACACUGGCCUGCUGUUCCUGAAGGUGAAGGCUCACAACGACAGAGAGCAGUUUGCCUUCUGCUCCAUCAAGGGAUGUGAGAGAGUAAAGAUCACAGCCAUCAUCCCUAAAGGCAGCCCACCCAGCAACUGCAUGGCCCAGGCCUAUCCCAGACACUCUGAGCUUCCUGUUGUAGAUGUUCCCAUGCCCAGAAAGAUUUCCAACGCCAGGCUGCACUCAGCAGAACAUUUCCUCGAGGUCAAACUAGAGUCCUACAACACUCGAUUCUUCCACAUCAAGGAGGACUUUGCUUUCACUGAGGUGAAUGGCAGGAAGCUGUACCAACCAGAUGAUGGGGUUCAGCUGACUGUAAUCGACGGGCAUGAUGGGAAAGUGGUGGAGAGCAAAGGCUUCAGGAACUCAAUCCUACAAGGCAUUCCUACUCAGCUGGACAAAUACAUCAGUGGACUGAGAGACGGUUCUGUUGUUCUCGUGACGUCUAAAGGCCGUCUGGUGACUCGAGGAGCCUGGACUAAAGCCCUGGAGAGACUUGGAGCAGACAAAGGCAUCAAACUGAAAGAUAAGCUGGCAUUUGUGGGCUUCAAGGGCUCCUUUAAACCUGACUGGGUCCAUCUGGAGGCAGACACUGACCGAGCCAAGAUCCAUCAGGUCCUGCCUGUCCCUGUGGUCCACAAGAUGAAGCUAUGAGUGGCAGACAGAGUGGGGCAGACAACCAAGAGACUAUGUAGUCCCCAUAUACUGGCACUCAUACCCCCCCACAAGAAUGCAC